CGUGUGUGAGGUAAACAACGCAGGUGGCGCCGCCUGAGACGCUGCGUGGGACCUUCUUAUUUAUUUAUUUAUUUAUUUAUUUAUUUAUUUAUUUAUUUAUAUACAAGAAGGUACAUUGGGUUAGAGAGAAUACAUAGCAUAGUAUUUACAAUCUUGUAAAGCCUUACCAAUCUUGUACGCGCAGCGUUUCGGGCAGGAGUCCUUCCACUCUACACAUCACCCACACUAUGAUAACCAUAGUACAUCCCACCAAUACAUCAUCGUCGCGUUUAAAUCAACAACUUGGGCAAGUCGUGGUCCCAUAAUCAACAACUUUGGCUAGUUGUCAUCUCAAAAAUUAAGAAACCAGACUUGUCAUUAUCCCAAAAUCAACAUCAAUCCAAUGGCUAGUCGUUCUUAGAUAAUCAGCAACAACCCAGGCAAGCCUUUCUCCCCAAACCAUCAAGCCAAGCUAGUCAUUGUCCCAUAACCCAGGUCUGCAACUAUGAUGGAACAGCCUAUUUGUUUGGCUUCUGUACAAAGCCAUGGUCCAGGAGACAUGCAGCGUUGCCUCAUACCAAGUCCACUUCUGAUCAGUAUUAAAGGAACGGUUGGGGGAUAUUUGAAAUUCAGUCUCUCCAGUGACUUAUGCCUCAUCUGUCGUGCAGUGCCUGUAAUGGAUUCUUACUGUGAUGUGGGCUUUCAAGUGAUAGCUUGUAACUGUGUGUACACAAUGUCCAGUUCUGCCACAUCUUUAACACAAGGAAAUUAUACAAUCACUUCAUCUCAAGUAACUGCCUUGAAAUAUGUACAUAUUGAACAAAUAAAUGUUACUGUUGUUUUAAAUUUAGUUGAAGAUGUGCUUAAGUAUAGAAAAAAUAAACAGUGCUUUGAAAAUGUUUUUAGGGAAUUGCUGAAGUUGUAUGGUGUUGUUAAUGAAAGCAAAAUAAACUGUCAAAAAAACCCUUUGGCAAAACUUUUAGGUAUUUCCCAGAUAAUAAUUACAGAAUGUUCAUUGUCCCCCAAUGAAGUUGGCACCAUUACUCCCAACACUCGCGUCAUUCUUUGUGGGGUUGAGAGCGAGGACAGGCGUAGGAUGACUGUCCAUAACACAAUAAAUUUGGGAGGACUGGACCAAGUUUUGGCAUAUCUCCGAAGAAUAAUCACUGAACCUUGGAUAAGACAAGAGCAGUUUAGAAAAGCUGGAGUUCUAUAUCCCUCUGGAGUGCUGCUAGUUGGACCUCCUGGUUGUGGAAAAACUUCACUUAUUCGCCAGUUGUGUGCUGAAACAGGAGCUUGUCUUGUUGGAACUGCAGGAGCCGAGUUAGUUAGUCCAUAUGAAGAUGAAAUGGCCAAAAAUUUUGCUCAGGUUGCUGAACAGGCACAAGCCUUAAGUGAAGAAGGACCCUGUUUGUUCUUCAUAGAUGAAAUAGACUCUCUAUGUCCUAUACGAACAAAGGAAUCAAGUCUUCAUGAUCUGAGACUUACAGCACAGGUGCUUCUAACUCUAGAUGAGUGUAGAAAGUGUUCCAAUCUUACAAUCAUGGCUGCAACUAAUCGUCCAUUUGACCUAGAUCCAGCACUUAGAAGGUCAGGGCGCCUGGAAAUUGAGGUACUUGUGAACGUUCCUUCAGCAACUGACCGGGCAAGUAUACUGAAUGUCCACAGCAGCAAAUUGUUGCCCAGCAAUCACCCGGGCUUAACCCAAGUUGCUAAGGCCACACCUGGUUUUGUUGGGGCUGACCUUCAAGCUUUAACUGAGGUUACACAGUUGCAAGUUAAUGCUAAGCAUGCACUCAAGAAACCUGUGACUUCAGAAGAGAUCAUUGAUAUUAUGUUAGCCAAUGCUGCAUCUAUCAUUCCAAGCAUUCACAAAACUCUUGAGUUCAUUACUGCCAAGCCUCCAGGAUCACCAGUUGGAGGACUACAAGAAGUAAAAGCAAAAUUAGACCAAGUAUUUACACAUCAUGUAAAAUUUGCUACUGCUUACAAUAAGUUAAAACUGAAGCGACCCAGAGGAUUAUUGUUAUAUGGUCCUCGAGGGUGUGGUAAAACACGUCUUGUGGCCUCCAUGGCCUCGGCUAAAGGGUGUACCUUUAUCACAGCUAAUGCCUCUCAUCUUCUUUCAUCCUAUGUUGGAGAUUCAGAGAAACGUAUUGCUGCUCUGUUUCAUGCUGCGCGCUUGGCUCAGCCUUCAAUUGUGUUUAUUGAUGAAAUUGAUGGAAUAUUUGGAUCUAGAGAAGGCAAUAGAAGUAGCAUCCAUAUCAGCAUUUUAAAUGAAUUACUUCAAGCUAUGGAUGGAGCUGAUGUCAGAGCUACCAGUCUUCAAGGGGCAUCCCUGCUCUCAAAUACUCGUACAACUGCACAUGAUGGAGUGUUGGUUUGUGCUGCCACAAACCAUCCAGGUAACUUGGACCCAGCUCUUUUACGGCCAGGACGAUUUGACCGUCUGAUUUAUGUUCCUUUGCCUGAUGAUGAUGCACGCCUAGAUAUUAUCAAACUCAAGACCAUGAAGAUGCAUGUGGAAUCUGAAAGCGUUUUAGAAUUAUUAGCACGAAAGACUGUUGGCUUUACUGGUGCAGAGCUGGAAAGCUUGGUGAUGAAGGCAACCAUGGCAGCAGUGAAAAAGCAUCAUUAUGAUCAAGAUUCACAUUUAAUAUUUCUAGAAGAAAGAGAUUUACUGGAUGCUCUUCAGUUAAUUUCUCCAGCUGUUACAAGUAAGGAAAUUAAGGCUUAUCAGGAAUUUGAGAGAAUGUUUAAUUCUAAGUGAUACCUAAACAAAAUUUAUCAAUAAUAUUAUAAUUAUUUUUGUAUGUGUAUACUGUUCUGUUUUAUAACAAUAAAUCUUAACAGCAGU